AAUGAACGAUUUCUCUACUCGUACUGCAUCAAGUAGCCCCAGAACCCACCUGAGGUGACCCAAUUCAUAAAAAUCCUUCCUAUCAUAUUGUCAUACCACAGCAGGGUAGAACUUGAUCGCUCUCAUCCUGCCAUCUGCAUUGGAACAAAACCGCCGGCUCCACGCCUAACUUUCUUUGCGGUCCACACAAAAGCCGUCCUCUCGGACACUCGUUCACUGGCGAACACAAUGGCUGCACCCAGAUCAAUUACACGCAUUAUUAAGUCACUCCAGUAUAACCCCCCCCCCCAGUCCUCCGCAAUCCUUAUGGAAGCUAACGGGAAGAAGAAGCACAAGUAGGAACGCCUGCAGCGAUCACCACCGCCGGUGCAGAGCCUCAUGGCUUCCUGCAGUGGUGCUUGCUAAACGGUAUAGCAGUAAUGUAUAAACCUACUACUUAUUAUUAUUAUUAUUGCCAUGGCUUCUACCGUUCUCCGAUCACCUCCCGCUAAAAUACCCAGGCAGCAGCAGCAAUCGUCGCCGCCGCCGCCGCAUCCCCAUCCACCGAGCAAACAACCACCACCUCCUCGUCCGCCACUAGUAGCAGUGUCAUUGGCAAACAAGUGCAGACGACCUCGGACCUCCCGCUCAAAACAUAUAACGUUACGAAGGCAGAUGCGAGGCCGAAAUUGAGCGAGCAUCAUAAAAUCACGUUCGACGAGAAGAAGACUCUGGUGCCCUGGGAGGAGGGGAAGACUUCGCAUUUGUAAGGUCAUCUUUUUUGGAGGGAGGGUUUCGGGGAUGUUGCAUUGAACAUGUGAUUGAGGGAUAGCUAAUUUUGGAGGUUAUUAGCCAACAUGUUUGGAUGAGGGAUCAUUGUCAGUGUAGCGAAUGUUUUCAUCCAGAGACUAAACAGAGGAUGUUGAAUACUUUUGCUGUGAGUUUGUUUUCCGGGGGUGGGGCUAUGGAGUUGGGGUAGCCGCUGACCUGGUUUGGGGGAUACUUAGAUUCCGGAGAACAUUCAACCGGAUACGGUGGAGGCUGAGGAGGAAGGAAUGAAGAUCAAAUGUGAGUUUUCAUGCUUCGUGUGAAGGAGUAGACGCUGGGGUUUUGAGUAACGUUGUUUUGUUUGCCAAAGGGAAGAACGACGGUCAUGAGAGUUUUUAUGCCUGGGAGUGGCUACAUUUACACUCUUAUAAUCCGAGAUUGGAACGAUAUAUUUCUCCCCAGUAGGACCCCUAUAACCCGCAAAUUCGCAGGUUCUGAAGGAGUACUGAACACUAGUAUAGGUUCAAAUUUUGGGGUUCAGAGAUUGUCGAAGGGCCACCAGAGGUUAGGUAUGAGGCUGUAAUGGAGUCUGAUGCUGGGGUCGGGGAAUGGACAAGAAAGAUUGUAAGUAUCCUGGCAUUCUCCCUACGAGUACUGGCCUUCGCUCUUCGGCAUUGACUCAGGGACAAUAGCGUAAAUAUGGAUUCUGCUAUGUGAACGGCGUUCCUGUAACUCCCGAAGCUACACAAGAGCUUGUUGAGCGAAUAUCUCACAUAAAACAUACUCAUUAUGGUAACAAAAUCCCUCGCUUCGCCCUCAGAGUCUGCAGACCGGAAGAAAGGCGUAUUGACCGGUAUAUCCAUACUCAGGUGGGUUCUGGGACUUCACCUCCGACCUCUCCAAGAAAGACACAGCCUACACUUCCCUAGCUUUGGGGGUUCAUACAGACACGACCUACUUCUCAGACCCCGCCGGCCUCCAGCUCUUCCAUCUCCUCUCCCACACCGACGGCUCCGGCGGGCAAUCGAUACUAGUAGACGGUUUCCGAGCCGCCAAAAUAUUCCGCGAGGAGAACCCCACGGCAUACCGUGUUCUCUCAAACGUUCGUAUACCUUCACACAGCUCGGGGAAUCAAGACUCGAGCAUACAGCCCUAUGCGCCGUUCCCGGUGUUCAAUCACCAUCCGGUCAACGGGGAACUGAUUUUGGUUCGGUGGAAUAAUGAUGAUAGAGCUACCAUGGAUAGAUGGGACGAUCCGGCGGAUGUGGAGAGGUUUUACGAGGCCGCCAGAGCUUGGAACGAUGUGCUUAAGCGUCGGGAGAGCGAGUAUUGGGAACAGCUUGUCCCCGGGAGACCGAUCAUCCUUGAUAAUUGGAGGGUGCUGCAUGGUAGGGCUGCGUUUGACGGGAAGAGGAGGUUGUGUGGGGCGUACAUCUCUCGAGACGACUUCAUGAGCAGGUUCGUGCUGUCCAACUCCAAGAGGGAGGAUGUUCUGAAGGCUCUUUGAGCCGGGUUUCAACUGGUCGAGUGGCCUUUGGGGGUUACCUUUCAUGCUGUAUAUAGCUUCCAGCAUAUAUUAUGUAUACAUAGGGGGGAGGGGCUUUUUCUUUACGGCCAUACAACAUUCCCACCACGGGGGAGGAGCGAGCAUUGUAAAGUGUAUAGCCAUCUCGGCAGACGCGUCGCAUUAUUUUUCGUG